UUUUGAGUUUUGACUAUCUUAAUCAAUCAAAGUUUCCCUUUAAGCACCCAUUGGUAAAAAAGGAAACUUUCUCUCUCUUUGCAAUAUUUUUAACAACGUGAACGCAAAUCACAUUGCUCAAUAUCUGCAAAUUUAACAGUGGUAUAAAUCGCUGUCAAUUGUGGAGCCUACUUCCAUACCCUAGUCAGAUCCCUUCUCUGCUCCCAUUCUUCUUCCUCUUCCCCUUCAGACCAGUUUCUCAGACAAAUAUAAAAUUCCAAGGAAUCAUAGGAAAAAUAAAAAGCUAAGGUUUAGUCCAAGAAAGUCACACAAAUAAUGAUACUAGACAGAGUGUGAAAGGGUGAAGUUAAGAGACAGGUUUUAGAUAUAUAUGUAUAUAUAUACACACUAUAUACUUACAAAACAGCGUGCUUAUCAAAAAACAGCUACAUUUUCUGAACCCCCAAGACUUGUUCUCUCCCCUUCUCAGAAAAAAAGGGAGGAGGAAGAAACUCUUGAAAGUGGACUGCAUAAGUCUGAAACACCAGCGAGUUGUGUACCUAAUGCCUCAGAGUAUUAUCGCAUAUUGGUAGAAUUCAAUGCUCUAACUGGAGAUAGCCAUCGUGACAAAUGGUUGGAGAGGUUGCUUCAACGAAUGCAGUACAUGUGUGAUUCUAAUGAUAGAAAAGAAAAGGACAAUGGAUUAGGAAAUGUUAAUUCUGAUGAAAUUAAUGUUGGAAGCAAGAGUAGAAGUUCAGAAUCAGCAAAUGACUGUCAAGACAAGGGUCAGAAGAGUUCCGACUCUUUUAUUUGGCCAGAUGCUGUUGUUUCAGCCGUAGUUGCUCUUGAAAAAGCUUCAUACGGUGCUCUCUCAUAGAGAAUCUACGAAACUGUGUUUCAGUUUGGUGUCCUUAUAUAAAUCGUGCGGUUGCGUGCAUGGGAUUUGAUAUCUAGCAUAAUUGGGAACCCUACCAGUACAAGCAUGGAUAUUCAGGAAGAGAGCCCCAUGUUUGGGUCCUUGAAAGCCAUGACUACAAGGAACAUGUCAUCAUCCUCUUCUGCUUUCUUUUCAGCAAACCAGUCACCUUUUUUCUCUCCAAGAUCACCAUCAUCAUGUCAAUUAUCAGAGUCAACCAGACUCGAUACUCCAAGUAACAGAAUCCAUUUAGAUUUGGCUCCCUCAAGCACCACUUCAGAGAUUCCAGAACCAAAUUCACUAGUGAAUGUUAGAUGUACUUUCUCAGAUUUAUCUGCAUCUCCUGUUGGAUGUAAUUCAGGUGAUCUGCAGAAACUUGACAGAAUAUCUUCCUCAUUUGGCAUCUCUAGUAGCAGCAUGUCCAGUUACUCCCAUCGCCGUGAUGAUGGCAAUUCUGGACAGAAAGAAAAGCCAAUUAAGAAAGGCAGAAACCAUAGAACAUCCUCAACUCCAGGUUCCACAUCAUUUUCUUCUUAUAGGCUGAGGAGUUGUGAUGUUUUCGUAGGAUUACAUGGCUGCAAACCCCCUCUACUACGGUUUGCUAAAUGGCUGUGUGCUGAGUUAGAAAUUCAAGGCAUCAGUUGCUUUGUUUCAGACAGGGCUCGAUGUAGGAGCUCGCGCAAACGUGGCAUUGAAGAGAGAGCUAUGGAUGCUGCUUCUUUUGGGAUAGUGAUUAUAACAAGGAAGUCAUUCAAGAACCAAUGCACCAUUGAGGAGCUGCAGUAUUUUGGUAGCAAGAAGAAUUUGGUCCCAAUAUUCUUUGAUUUGAGUCCAGCUGAUUGUCUUGUGAGAGAUAUUAUUGAAAAGAGGGGUGAACUAUGGGAAAAACAUGGAGGGGAACUUUGGCUUUCAUAUGAAGGGUUGGAGCAGGAGUGGAAAGACGCCGUGCAUGGCCUGUCUCGGGUUGAUGAGUGCAAAUUGGAAGCUCAGGAUGGCAACUGGAGAGAUUGCAUACUGAGGGCUGUAACAUUAUUAGCAAUGAAAUUAGGAAGGAGAAGUGUUGCAGAACGUUUGACAAAAUGGAGAGAAAUGGCAGAAAAAGAGGAGUUUCCUUUUGCUAGAAAUGAGAAUUUUAUUGGCAGGAAGAAAGAGCUUUCACAGUUGGAAUUUAUACUUUUUGGUGAUGUCACAGGAGAUGCAGAACAAGAUUAUAUUGAACUUAAGGCCAGACCCAGGAGAAAGAGUGUGAGGAUUGGUUGGGGCAAGAGUAACGUGAUAGAUGAAAGAUGGAGGGAAAGGCAUAUGGGAAAUGGCAACAGUAAGGAAAAAGAACCGGUUGUAUGGAAGGAGUCAGAAAAAGAGAUUGAAAUGCAAGGUAUUGAGUUUUCUCAUAGGAACAACCAUCCAAGGUUCAAGCGGGGAAAGUAUACUAAGAGGAGAAAAGGAAUGAAGAUUUUGUAUGGGAAAGGGAUUGCUUGUGUUUCUGGGGAUUCAGGAAUCGGAAAAACAGAGCUAAUUCUUGAAUUUGCAUACAGAUUUCACCAGAGAUACAAGAUGGUAUUAUGGAUAGGAGGGGAGAGCAGAUACAUAAGGCAAAACUAUCUCAAUAUCAGAUCGUUUUUAGAGGUUGAUGUGGGAGUUGAGAAUAGUUUGGAGAAAACAAAGAUAAGAGGCUUUGAAGAGCAGGAAGUGGGAGCAAUUUGUAGAGUUCGCAAGGAACUGAUGAGAAACAUUCCAUAUCUUGUGGUCAUUGAUAACUUGGAAAGUGAAAAGGAUUGGUGGGAUCACAAACUUGUGAUGGAUCUUCUCCCUCGUUUCGGGGGAGAGACUCAUGUAAUUGUAUCAACGCGCCUUCCUCGCAUCAUGAACUUGGAACCUUUGAAACUUUCAUACUUGUCUGGAGUUGAGGCAAUGUCUUUAAUGCUAGGCAGUGAUAAGGACUAUCCAGUUUCCGAGGUUGAUGCCCUGAGGACUAUUGAGGAGAAAGUUGGAAGGUUAACUCUUGGCCUAGCCAUUAUUGGUGCAAUUUUGUGUGAACUUCCCAUAACACCAAGCAGGCUCCUAGACACCAUAAAUAGAAUGCCUUUGAAGGAGAUGUCAUGGAGUGAUAAAGAAGCUCACUCGUUAAGGAAGAACACUUUCCUUCUGCAACUUUUUGAUGUUUGUUUCUCCAUAUUUGAUCAUGCAGAUGGCCCUAGAAGCUUGGCCACCAAAAUGGUGCUGGUAAGUGGAUGGUUUGCACCUGGUGCUAUUCCUGUUUCCCUAUUGGCACUUGCUGCUCACAAGGUACCAGAAAAAUGUAAGGGGGAGUGUUUCUGGAGAAAAACACUGAAAUUAUUAACAUGCAGAUUCACAUCCUCGUAUGCCAAAAAAUCAGAAUUAGAAGCAUCUUCUUUGCUGCUGAGAUUUAGUAUUGCUAGAAGUAGUACUAAGCAAGGCUAUAUCCAUAUCAAUGAUCUCAUCAAACUGUAUGCCCGGAAAAGAGAAGAUAGUGGAGCUGCACAAGCAAUGAUUCAAGCUAUCAUCAGUCAUGGGCCAAUAGCACAAAAUCUGGAGCAUUUAUGGGCUGCAUGUUUUCUGUUAUUUGGAUUUGGUCAUGAUCUUGUGGUUGUUGAACUCAAGGUGUAUGAGCUUUUAUAUUUUGUCAAAAAAGUGGUUCUGCCUCUUGCAAUUCACACAUUCAUCACAUAUUCGCGAUGUACCGUGGCUCUUGAGCUUCUGCGUCUGUGCACCAAUGCAUUGGAAGCUGCAGACCAAGCAUUUGUUACCCCAGUUGACAAGUGGUUGGACAAGUCACUUUGCUGGAGAUCCAUCCAGACUAAUGCUCAGUUAAAUCCUUGCCUUUGGCAAGAGUUAGCAUUGUGUAGAGCCACUGUUCUUGAGACCAGGGCCAAGCUAAUGCUAAAAGGUGCUCAAUUUGACAUAGGGGAUGAUCUGAUCAGGAAGGCUCUUUUUAUUAGGACUUCAAUUUGUGGUGAAGAUCAUCCAGAUACCAUAUCUGCUCGUGAAACAUUGAGCAAACUUACCAGGCUUAAUGCAAAUGUCCAAAAUCACACUUCAACUUAGAUUUUGUAUCUUGUAAGGAAAUUCUAGAAUUAUACAAAAGCUUUCUAAUAAAAUUUCUGCACAAUAUUUCAUAGUUC